AUGGGGACUGUGAAUAGCUGUCACAAUGAAGCUAGAAUACAGUUUGAGGCUUUUCAAGAUCAAAGGCAUAGUGUGGGGAAUAUUUUACGAGUACAUAGUCGCGAUAUGGAAAUUGAUUAUCGCACUCGUUUAACAGCAAUGUUGGAUGUGACACGCUUUCUAUUGAAGCAAGGGUUACCUUUUCGAGGACACGAUGAGUCAACUAGUUCUUCAAAUAGAGAGAUCACACUUUCUAUAAUUAAUGAUAUUGGAGAUAAAUUUUUUUCUUUGAUGGUUGAUGAGGCUCGGGAUAGUUCAGUGAAGGAGCAUAUGGGAGUUGUUUUGAGAUUGAGAGGCCAAGGAUAUGAUGGAGCUUCAAAUAUGCGUGGCGAGUUUAAUGGAUUGAAAUCUCGAUACUACAAGAAAAUCCAUUUGCAAUUGAUAGAAGUGUUAGGAAAUGUACAUGAUGAUGCCUCUUAUUCUGCGAACAAAGGUGUUGCUGCAGGUUUAAUUGAGAAGAUGGAGAGUUAUCAAUUUGUUUUUGUGUUACAUUUGAUGAAGUAUAUAUUGGGAAUUACAAAUGAGUUAUCACUUUCCCUACAACAAGGGGAUCAAAAUAUUGUUCAAGCCAUGUCCUUGGUUAGAAGUGUGAAAUGUCGACUACAAGACUUCAGGGAAGAUGGAUGGCAGAUAAUUUUGGAACAAGUUAACACAUUUUGUGAAUUGAAUAUGAUUCCAAUACUUGAUAUGGAGGACAACAUGCUAACUCGUGGUCAUGGCAGGCGUAGAGGGCAACUCAUCACCAAUUUUCAUCAUUAUCGUGUGGAGAUUUUUUGUCAGGUUGUUGAUUUAAUUAUACAAGAGAUGAAUAAUCGUUUUUCAGAAGUUAGUACGGAAUUACUUGGUUGCAUAUCAUGUCUUCAUCCAAGAAAUUCUUUCUCUCAAUUUGAUGUUCACAAACUCAUCCAUCUUGCCGAUUUUUAUCCCGAGGACUUCUGUGAGUUGGCAUUAGUUUUACCAGUUGCAACUGCUUCGGUUGAACGAGUUUUUUCUGCAAUGAAGACUGUGAAGACUGAUUUACGUAAUAAAAUGGGAGAUGAAUGGAUGAAUGACAGUCUAGUUGUAUAUAUUGAAAAGGAUAUUUUUUCUACAAUUGAAAAUGAGCAAAUAUUACAACAUUUUCAACGAAUGCAGUCUCGUAGAAUCCAAUUAUCUCCUUUUGUACCGACUCGUCAGCCGUCGCAGACUUCUGUGCCAACCCAGAAAUGA